GGGGCCUAACCGACCUCUCCCGAAAGGGACGAUUUUGUAACUUUGCCGAUCAAUCUGUGUCUAAUUCUCUAUCCCUCCUCUCCCCUUCUCUCCUCUCCUCCCCCAGCAAAGGCGCAAAGCAUCCACAUACAGUGAGGUUCGACGAGUUCAAGGUCCUACCAAUUUUCUCCCAAAAAAUCCCCCUCAAAGAUAUUCGGCUUCAACCUCAAAUUCCGCUGAACUAAGUGGUUGCUGUUAUUGUCAAAUUAUUUUUUGUUUAAAGAUGAAUAAUAAUUAUUUUGAUAAUAGUUCAGCAGAUCACCAAUAUCGUGUCAAAGGAACGGAAAUCUUUGUUGGUGGACUUGCUCAAUCAGUUACUGAAGCCUUAAUUCGAGAGGUGUUCUCCACAUGUGGGGAAGUCGUGGAGGUACGGAUGAUUAAGGACCAGAAAGGCAAUGCGAAGGGGUAUUGCUUUCUUCGUUUCUCAACCAAAGAAGCUGCUGUUAGAGCUGUGAAGGACAAAGCUGGAAUUCUGCUAGAAGGCAGGAAAAUUGGGGUUCUUCCAUCAACUGAGCAGAAUUCACUGUUUCUGGGUAAUCUUCCCAAAGAGUGGAGUCCGGAUGAGUUUGGCAGAGUGGUUAGGCAGGCUUUUCAGGAUGUGGAUUCUGUAAACCUUGUCAUGCUGUCUAGCGAUGGAGUUACCCUUGCUACUCAAAAGCAACAAAAUCGGGGAUUUGGUUUUGUGCAUUUCUCAUCACAUGCUGCUGCUGGACAUGCAUUUAGAUUGAGCUCAAAAUCAGAAUUUGUUCUUGGUGGUAAAUGUCAUCCAACUGUGCAGUGGGCUGAGGAGGAACCUGAAAUUGAUCCAGAGGAACUUGCCAAGGUGAAGAUUGCAUUUAUCAGAAACCUUCCGACUGAUGUAACUGAAGGGUUUUUGAAGAAGUUGUUUGGUUCUUAUGGAGAGAUAGAAAAAGUAGUUCUGUCUAUGAAGGGUCAGUCACAAGUUGGGUUUGUCCAUUAUGUUAAAAGACAGGAUCUUGACAUUGCAGUCAAGGAGUUGAAUGAUAGGACAGUCCAUGGGCCAAAUUCUGGUUGGUUUAAGCUCCAGGUGGAAGUUGCAAGACCCUUUGGGAAAAACAAGAAGCGAGCCCGUGAGGGAUCAAGUAGGGCAGUGACUAAUAUGAGUCCAUCCAAAGUCUUCAAAGCUGAACCUGGUUUCACUUCUUCGGGUGGCCCUAUGUUUAAAGUCCUAGAGGAACGUAUUGUUGCUGAUCCAUAUGAAGCAGCUGUAGUCUCACUACCUGCUGCUGUCCAAGAUCGUUUGCUUCGGAUACUUCGACUGGAUAUUGCUACCCGUUAUGAUAUUGACAUCCGAUGCUUGAGAAGUCUAAAGGAGAUCCCAGAAUCAGCUGCUAUAUCUGUCCUUGAUCAGUUCCUGUUAUCAGGAGGAGAAGAAAUUGACAAAGGAGCAUUUCUUGCUGGACUAAUUACCAAGUACCAGGUCAGAAGUCUAAGGACAAGUCAAGUACCGGAAUAUAUACCAAGAGAUUAUACAUCAAGAGAAAAUGAAUUUAUCAGCGUAAGGUCGGAAUUCGCACGGCUACCAAGUCGAAGCCAGGUUCCAGUUACGGACUCCUUUUCUUCUCAUGUGGCCACCUCACGGUAUGAGAAAUAUUCUCCUCAUUUGCCCUAUUUUGACUACUCUGUAUCACCUCAAGCUGGCAUUACGAGAACGUUUGAGGAAAGGAACACUUCUCCAGUGUACUUACCGGGCUCUUCAUCAAGCUAUGGAAAUUUGGGAAUGAAGUCACCCGUGUCAGCGGGUGCAUCUCAUCAACCUACACGACCGCAAGUUAGAUUUGAUCCGUACACAGGCGAACCUUACAAAUUCGAUCCUUACACAGGUGAACCUAUUCAACCAGAUUCUCUUUCUCGCAGCGGUCGAAGCUUCUAUUGAUGCUGAUGGAAGCUUUUAGAAAGAGAAUUUCGACCCUUAUCUUGUGGUGACCUAUGAGAAGAUGAUACCAUGUUUAAGUUGUACAAUAUCGAGGGUUGUGGGGUUUUUUUUUUCAGUAGUAAAUUUGUUAGUUGAUCUACUUGGUUUGAAAAUGAUUAGAUUAUCAUAAUUGGUUGUUAUUCCUUUAGUCUA